AUGAAUGCGGACGAAUUGAGAACUAUGAUUGAGCAGGACCCAGAAAAAGCAAAGGCUUACUGGAAGAACUGGGUUUAUAUCGAAGAAAUACCCGACAACAUCGAGCCAUUCAGAGAACUACUCGAAAAUUACAGCAAGGUACCUCCUUCUGACGUUGAUGCUCUACUUCGGCGUACUCGGGAUCAACUUUGGAACGUGGUCAAAUAUCCAUGUAUCGGCCUUUGGAGUUUCACCAACCUGCGCAGCACAUAUGGCCAUCGAUUUGAGGAGGCAAUGGAGCGUCUGUUUCCCCAGGAUUCUACGUCUAACAGUACGAACAAGAAUGCGAUUCUUGACCUCGGCUGCUGCAUUGGUCAAAUUCUGCGCCAACUGGCAUACAAAGGCGUAGAUCCCUCACGCCUUUACGGAACAGACUUGCAUCCUGAAUUCAUCGAUAUCGGAAACGAGUUAUUUGGAGACAAAGGACACGGCCCUAAUUUUGUUGCCGGGGACAUGCUGGACCCCGAGAGCGAGUCACUCAAGGCUCUAGACGGGAAAGUAACAAUGAUACAUGCUGCCAACUUUUUUCAUCUUUUUACGUGGGACGACCAAGUGAGGAUUGGUACGCGUAUCCUACGGUUCCUACAGCCUGGAACCACUAACACCGUCAUUUUUGGUAGGCAGAUUGGAACGUUGAGGCCAAGGGAAGCUGACUCUGUGAGGAAACACUAUCUUCAUAACCAGAAGAGUUUCCAGAAGCUUUGGGACGAAAUAGGGGAGAAGACGGGGACUAAGUGGCGGGUGAAUGUUGAUGUGAUAGAGGGCAUUGCCGUGAAGUUGCCCACUCUAGGGGAGGAUGAGAGGUAUAUCCGGUUUGGGGUGUAUCAGAUCUCACCACCGGCAAUACCAUAG